AUGGCUUCUCAAUCCCAAGUGGGCGACUUCUGCCUCGAGUGCCGCUGGGAGGAUUUACAUAUAGACACCAAGCCCGCAGAGGAUCCUUCGAUCCCUCAAUGCGAGCCCCAGUGGAGUUGCACUGAUGCUGAGCAUCAUACAUCUCUGGCCCAAUGUGAGGUUGACGAGACUUGCUGUGAUGAAGACACUUGCGCCGAUGACUGCCAUAUAGACUGCGGGUCAAUAUGUGACGGCUUCGUUGACUGCGACGCCUCGACUGUCUGCUCCGUUGCAAACUGCGACGAGGACCAUUGCGAAAGCACUGACCCCGUCUGCUUCGAAAAUCACUGUUGCGACAGUACAACCGACCAAGAUUGCACGUUUGAGUCUAUUUUCGGACUCACGACGUCGCUGUCGUUGGAUAUUGCCAAUACCUUGCCGUCCACAACGAUGGCCCAUCAUUCCGUCGGCGAAGCUGGGAAGGCGGCAGACUACACAUUGCCUGGCAUGAUCGAUCCCUGCUAUCAGUACGACUUCCUCUCCUCAUACCAGGCUCAUGCGACCAAUUGCGAGCAGAACGUUCCCAAUCACCUCGGAUGUCAGGACUUCCGUAAGGAUUGGGAGGGCAUGUCCACACAACAUCAUCAACACCAACAUCAACCUCUACCCCAACAAACCGAUGUCAACCCUGCAGAUGUCUUCCACAUGCUCGGCAUGUGCACUGACUACUCUGUCUGUAACGACCAACAUCUCGUCGCACACCAUCACCAUCACCAACAACCUGAUCCCAGUCCUCUAGAGAAGCCCCAGGAUGACCCCCUGAACUGUUUCCACACCGAACACCACCAUGUUCAUGGCCAAUUCAAGAACCCUAAUGACCUGAACAUCCAUACUCAUGGCCCUCACCGCAACCACCACCGCUGCCGAGCCCACCAUCAUCACUCCCAUCCGUACUCUUCUUAUUCGCGCCAGUCCAGGUCCAGCGUGAGCUCGCACUUCAUGUCUAGUCCGAGAGAGACGCCUCCACCUUUGGAACGAGAUAUCUCGUCAGUCUUAACGACACCGGAAUUUUCUGCCGAAGAUAGCGAGUUGCACAUCUGUAAAUGGGUGACCUCGAUCAACGGCAUUCAAGCUCCUUGUGGAGCUACCUUUGCCGAUUCCGGCGCUCUUCAAGAUCACCUAGUAUCCGCUCACAUAAACACUGUCGAUGGUGCCAAGGGUAAUGGAUACUACUGCUGUUGGCAAGGGUGCCACCGCCCGGAUGAGCCUUUUUCGCAGAAGUCGAAGCUGCAGGGCCAUUUCUUGACACACAGUAAUUAUAAAAACUUCAGGUGCUCUGUCUGUGGGAAGACCUUCGCCAGGCAAGCAACCUUGGAUCGCCAUGAGCGUAGCCAUCGGGGCGACAAGCCUUAUAAGUGCAAAGACUGCGGGAAGACAUUUACCGAUAGCAGCGAGCUGAAAACGCAUUCGCGAACCCAUACCGGCGAAAAGCCCUUCAAGUGCACUUAUCCUGGAUGUAAAUUCGAGACUGGCGAUUCAUCAAACAUGUCCAGCCACAGACUUACACACGGCGAACGAAAACAUAAAUGCUCUUACCCUGGCUGCACGAAGAGCUUUACAAGGCCUGAUCAAUUGAAACGUCACCAAAAAACAACACACAAACAAGACAUAAUUUCGACCCUCCCAUCCCCCAACCCCGACCACUUCAGUCUAUCUUUUGCUGUCGUCUAA